UUUUGUGCUUCUGUCAUAAGAGGAAACAAAUUGUCUUUGUUUUGAAGUUUUUAUUUUUAUCGCGUAAUGAGCACAUAAAACUGAGGAAAAGGAUAAAAACUCAGGAAAAACACUGCCGAUGUUUGAAGCAUUUUGUGUGGGUGUCCAAAGCAAGGAUUAUUGGAGAAAACAUUCGUAGAUAGGAUGCAAGCGUUGCUAUAGCAAGUGAAUAUCUGUGCCAAAUCAUUAUAGCGAGUUGUAUGUAGCAACAAAAACUGGAAAAAAUAAAAACAACUCAAGGGCAUACAUAGGAACGCGGAGUGGGUGACGCAAAGAUUUUCAAAAUUUUACGCUCAUUCAUUGAACUCAGCUGCUCCAGCAGCUGGUGGCCAACAAUAAUAACAUUCACACUAAUUGCCUGCGUCAUCUUAAGUCUUAUUGCGCUGGUGAUUGAGUUUAGCUGGCUGCGUGUGCAUCCCGACGAAUUGUUUCGACAAAGUCAGAGUGCGUACUAUUUGCGUUUGCAGUGCAUCGCAAAAAUUGAUCGCUUAAUUUCAUUGUACGCACAUGUAACACGAAAAAUGGAUAGUGUAUUCGAAGCAUACUUGGGCCCUGAUGGAAUGCUCGCUGGAGCUGUGGCUGGUGCAGUUGGGGAACCAGAUGACAUACCAAAAGUAAACACCGAUGUUUGGGUGUUGGGCAAACGUUAUAAUGCCAUACAAGAAUUGGAAUUAAUACGCCGCGACAUACAAUCACGCCUCUGGUGCACUUAUCGUCGCGGUUUCGUGCCCUUGGGGGCACCACAAUUGACUACCGACAAAGGUUGGGGCUGUAUGCUGCGUUGUGGUCAAAUGGUCUUGGCACAAGCUCUGAUAGAUCUGCAUUUGGGACGUGAAUGGUUUUGGACACCGGAGAUACGUGAUGGGACAUAUUUAAAAAUAGUUAACCGUUUUGAGGAUUCACGCAAAAGUUACUUCUCAAUACACCAGAUCGCUUUGAUGGGUGAUUCGGAAGAUAAAAAAGUAGGCCAAUGGUUCGGGCCAAACACUGUGGCGCAGGUGUUGAAGAAACUUGUACGCUACGACGACUGGUGCUCGUUAGUUAUACAUGUAGCCAUGGAUAACACAAUAGUGACUGAUGAUAUAUAUUCACUAUGCCUUGAAAACCCAAGUAAUGAUGAUACUUGGAAACCACUCCUACUCAUAAUUCCACUGCGUUUAGGUCUCAGUGAUAUAAAUCCCAUUUAUAUACCAGCACUGAAAAUCUGUUUUGAGCUCGCUGGCAGUUGUGGCAUGAUUGGUGGUCGUCCAAAUCAAGCACUAUACUUUGUGGGUUAUGUAGAUGAUGAAGUUUUAUAUCUCGAUCCACAUACCACGCAGCGUUCAGGUUCGGUGGGGCAAAAAACGUCACAGGAUGAGGUGGAUUUUGAUGCAACGUUUCAUCAAAGGUACGCAGGGCGCAUAGGUUUUCAACAGAUGGAUCCAUCAAUGGCGAUGUGCUUCCUCUGCAAGUCACGCUUGAGUUUCGAAGUCUUACUUGAUAAUCUGCGCACACAAGUUUUGCCCGCCUGCAAACAACCACUGUUCGAAAUUACAAAAUCCCGCUCAGCGGAAUGGGUUUCAACAUCGUCAGAUUUUGAAAAUGUUAAUCACUUACAUACAAGCAGCUUGACGCGCAAUGGUUGCGAUGCUGAUUCAGAGGCCGACUCAGAUGAUGAUUUUGAAAUAAUUUCAUAGUUAAAGGAAAAUUGCCCAACUAAAAGAAAGUAAAACGAAUCUUGAAAGUGUCUUUUUUUCGCUAAAACAAAAAAAAAAACAUAAAAACGAAAGAUGUAGAGAGAAAGACAGCAUUUUAAUUUAUAUAAUUUUUUUUAUAUAUAAUUUGCAAUUACAGUUAGUUAUAUACUUUUUAUACAUAAUAUGACAUAUAAAAGCACACCUAACAAUGUAAAUAUAAAGAUUCUUAUAUAUAAAUGCUAACAGUAAAUUUAAGUAUGCGCUUUUCUUUUCAUUUCAAAAAAAAAAAAGAAAGAAUAAAAUCGCUAUGUAACAAUGCGUGUUGAGUACGGAGGCCAAGCACGAUACAAUACAUAUGUAUGUAGACAAAUUUGAAAUAUGUUAAGCAGGCUUUUCUUAAUUUUAUUAGUCAAUAAAUAUACAUAUAUGUAUGUAUGUUACAUGAAUUCUGCAAACACACACAUAAACAUAAAAUAAAAAUCACGCGUAGAUGAGUAGAUCUACCAACUCCUCGAUGUGUGUACGAGAAGCAGCGGAGCGCAUAGUUGCUAGACACUAACUACAUAUGUAUGUACGUAUGUAUGUAUUAACCUAAAAUCAUACUGUGUCUAAAAUAAGUUAAAAAAGUAAAAUUGAAAAGAAAUCGCAUAAAUAUAAAAUACAAAAAAUUUAAUGUAAACAAUUUUUAAAUACUAUGUAAUGUAAUUAAAUGAUUAAACAUACGACAAAACGCUUGUGCACACAUGCAAAAAUAAAGCGAAAAAUAGAAAUAAAAUGUAAGUAAAUAAAUAGUAUAAAAUCAAAAAGGAAA